GGGCGGGGCGACCUUCUACACAUGCGCACGGUGGGGCGGGCCUUCUUUCUUCUCGCCGAACGCCGCCAGCAUGGUGUUCAGGCGCUUCGUGGAGGUUGGCCGGGUGGCCUAUGUCUCCUUUGGGCCUCAUGCCGGGAAGCUGGUCGCGAUUGUAGAUGUUAUUGAUCAGAACAGGGCUUUGGUUGAUGGACCUUGCACUCAGGUAAGGAGACAAGCUAUGCCUUUCAAAUGCAUGCAGCUCACUGACUUCAUCCUCAAGUUCCCACACAGUGCUCGCCAGAAGUAUGUUCGAAAAGCCUGGGAGAAGGCAGAUAUCAAUACAAAAUGGGCAGCCACAAGAUGGGCCAAGAAGAUUGAAGCCAGAGAAAGGAAAGCCAAGAUGACAGAUUUUGAUCGUUAUAAAGUCAUGAAGGCAAAGAAAAUGAGGAACAGAAUAAUCAAGCUUGAAGUUAGGAAGCUUCAAAAGGCAGCUCUCCUGAAAGCUUCUCCCAAAAAGGCGCCUGCUGCUAAGGGUGCAGCUGGAGCAGCUGCUGCAAAGGUUCCAGCAAAAAAGACGACCACUGCGGGCAAGAAGGCUCCAGCCCAGAAGGUUCCUGCCCAGAAAGCUGCAGGCCAGAAGGCAGCACCUCCGAAAGCUCAGAAGGGUCAGAAAGCUCCAGCCCAGAAAGCACCUGCUCCAAAGGCAUCUGGCAAGAAAGCAUAAGGGGCUGUUAGAAAAAUAAUAAAGGUUCUUUUUGACAUGCUGGCAAA